AUGGAUCUUCUUCAACGUGAGAAGGAUAAUUAUGAAGCAAUUGGACUAUCAGAAAGCGCCAUAAAAUCGGCCAUUGGAGCGGUGAACAUGGAUUCGUUGCGGAAGGAUCUCCAAUUUCUGGUUAAUGAAGGCCAUAUAUAUAAUACUACAGAUGAUGAACAUUAUGCCCUUAUUGAUUGA